GGAAACAGGCAUGAUUGGGUGUAGGCCAGCAAAUACUCCAAUAGAACAGAAUCAUGGUCUACAGGAAUCAGUAGGGGAGGUCUACUGUGAUAGAGAGAGAUACCUAAAAUUGGUAGGGAAGCUGAUAUACUUAUCUCUCACUCGGCCAGAUAUUGCUUAUGCUAUGCAUGUUGUCAGUCAAUUCAUGCACUCUCCAAAGAUCCCUCAUAUGAAAGCAGUUGAAAGGAUUCUCAGGUACUUGAAGACUUGCCCAGGAAAGGGAAUUCUAUUAAGGAAAAACAAUAGAAUUGAAAUUGAAGCUUAUACUGAUGCAGAUUGGGCUGGUUCUGUUGGAGACAGAAAAUCAACUUCAGGAUAAUGUACAUUUGUGGGAGGGAACCUGGUCACAUGGCGCAGUAAGAAGCAGAAUGUAGUUGCUAGAUCAAGUGCGGAAGCAUAAUAUCGAGCUAUGGCUCACGGGGUUGCUGAACUCCUAUGGCUCAGGACCCUUCUUAAUGAGCUUGGCAUUAAAGCUGAGGGUCCUCUUAGACUAUAUUGUGACAACAAGGCUUCCAUCAACGUUGCAAAUAACCCUAUGCAACAUGACAGGACAAAACAUAUUGAGAUUGAUCGACAUUUUGUUAGAAAGAGAAUAGUCUCGGGAGAACUCUGCAUUCCUUAUACUCCAUCUGAGAUGCAAAUUGCAGAUGUAUUGACUAAAGGGUUGGCUGCAGCAAAGUUCAUGGACCUUUUUGGCAAGCUAAACAUGAUUGACAUCCAUGCUUAGCUUGAGGGGGAGUGUUAGGUUGAAGGUUUUGUAUGUAUUGAU